UGACAGCUCGAGACAAUGCCCUCACGUUCCCAGCUUCUGGGAGGGUGUCAGGUUUUGUGGUGUUAGCUGUAAGAGGGGAAGGGCGUGGGACGUUUCUGACCUGACACUAUGGAGGAAGGAAGAGGCGCCAACUUCGACGGUGUGAGCACCGACCGCCUUGAAAAGGAGUUACUGGAAGAAAUCCAUCAGAAGGAUAUAGUGCAACUAUCAAUGCUUGAAAUAAUACACAAGAUAGAGGAACUGGAAGCCAAACUCAAUACUGAUGACAAAGGUGGUGAAUGGAAAGUUCGUUAUGAGACACAACUUGAACUGAAUGAUCAAUUAGAAAAGCAAAUUGUUUCUCUAGAAGAGAAAAUGAAAAAAAUUUGUGGAAAUCCUUCAGAUAGAUUGUCUUUUAUCCGUGUCUAUGAAAAAAUGCCAGUGGAAUCCUUAAAUAUAUUACUUAAACAGCUAGAAAAAGAGAAAAGGAGGCUUAAAAAUCAAGUGAAAGACUAUGCACUGAGACUGGAACAAGAAUCAAAGGCUUACCACAAGACCAACAAUGAGUGCCAUACCUAUCUGGCUGAAAUGUCUCAGGUCUCUGACUCAUACCAAGUUUCUAAAAGGCAACAGAUGGAUCAACUGCCUAGAAUGAAAGAGAAUUCAGUGAAAAUGGUAAGAUAUAAUCCAGUUAAUCAGAAGACAAUGAAUGCCAAGAGAGGACCAGGAAAAAAGAUUACAAGAUCAAACCAUCUUCCAAAACUUGAUCCAUAAUUCUAGAACUGGAAUUCUAUUUCUUCCUUUUUCUCGUCCAUAAUAUUCAACUUAUGAAGUUAAUGUUCAACACAUUUUUCAGGGAAUGAAAUAGACAAGAAAGAGCUAUCAAACUUCUCUUUAGCUCCUCUUACAAAAGUUUUUUCCUUUGUCUGUAUUAAAGUAAUUUUCUUAAGUGAUCUAAUAUAAGUGAUCUAAAAUACCUAAUAGUGUUGCUUUUGAUUUUAAAAAUAUCCUGAAAGUUGGCAUUAUUACACUUGCCUUUAAUAAUAUAUCCAUGAUCUGUGCUGGUAGUAAUUGGUUUCUAGUUGGUUGUUAGCUAAAAAUGUGAGCUCAUCAAAACAUUUAGUUCUUAUAGGCUAUAUCAUAUUCAUAUCUUUUAAACUUAUGGUUUAGCAACAGAUAUUGGUGAGGAUAUGGAG